CAAUGUUUGUGGAUCAAACUGUUUCCUUAUUCAAUCUUUACUGCAGCUUUGUGUUUGUUGUCGUGAAAUUUGUCAAUGGGUAACUGUUGUUGUGUUUUUUCGAGGAAUUUCGUUAUUUAUUUUACUGAUAAAACAGCCUUAAUGCAUGAUGGAAAUCGUAUUCAAACAGAAUGGAGAUAUUUAAAUGUCGUCCAGUCACUAUUUAAAUAGUGACAGAUGCAAAAACUCAUAUGUAGAUGUGCAUAUUUUUAAUAUGCUUAGAUGUGCGCUGUAAUAUGGACAUAUAAAUGAAGCGAUUUUUCUCGAAUUCAGAAAGUGAAAAGGAUGGAGAAUAUCUCACAUUGCCAAGAACCUCUCCAACCUCUCAGGUUAAGACCAUUCGAGACAGUCUACUUCAGGAAAUACAGAAGGUUUCACCUAUGUCUAUAAAUGGACCUCAAGCUGCAGGUGGUAGUGUACAACCAGCCAGACCAAUUUCUCAACCAAGACCUUCAACUUCUUCUGCUAUACUUCAAAAUUAUCAGCAAUUAGAACGUCAGUUUUUCCAAAAGAUUGAGAGUAACUUGUCUCAUGUUUUGAAAUAUGAAAAUCAGGGUCUCCAGGCCAAAGCAAGACAUGUUAUACCAACACAGCAUUUAAUAGAGAAAGCACAGAAAUCGUUUCAGGCAUUAGCACAGUCUGGUAAUGUAGGUGACAUUGGAAUACGAGAUUGUUUGAUCCUAGAACUUUUAGCAUGGUUUAAAAACUCCUUUUUUAAAUGGGUUGAUGCACCUCCAUGUGAUACUUGUGAUAGCAAACCAACAAGUGUUGGAAUGGUAACUCCUACUGCUGAUGAUUCAAGGUGGGGAGCGGGUCGUGUUGAAAAUUACAAAUGUGAAAAGUGUCAGAAGUUUAUACGAUUUCCCCGAUAUAACAGUCCAGAGAAAUUGUUGGAAACCAGAUGUGGUCGUUGUGGAGAAUGGGCAAACUGUUUUACACUUUGUUGUAGAGCUAUGGGAUUUGAAGCUAGAUAUGUGCUGGACUGGACAGAUCAUGUAUGGACAGAAGUGUAUUCUCCUUCACAAAAACGGUGGUUACAUUGUGAUCCCUGUGAAAAUAUCUGUGAUAAACCUCUUUUGUAUGAAUCUGGCUGGGGGAAGCAGUUAACUUAUGUUCUGGCUUUUUCUGCUGACGAAGUUCAAGAUGUCACAUGGCGAUAUUCGUCUAAACAUUCUGAAUUAUUAACUAGAAGACAUGAAUGUAGAGAAACAUGGCUUGUUCAAGUGUUACAUAAGCUGUGGAAUGGCAAGUUAUCUAGUGUAACUGAUAAUAGAAAACAAGAAAUGAUUAAUAGAUUAUUAACAGAGUUAGUGGAAUUCAUGACCCCUAAGUCAACCGAAGGACAGAAUCUAUCAGGAAGGACAACUGGAUCAUUGGCAUGGCGACAAGCCAGAGGUGAAGUAGGUACAACUUCUGCUGAAUCCAAACCUGAAUAUGUGUUCAAUAUGACGGAAGACGAGAAAAAAUCCAAAACAUUCCAUAUAAGAUAUAGUUGUGCAAAAGAUGAAUAUGUACGAAUGAGUGAUUUGGAUGCAGAUAAAGUUGUAGGCUUUUCUUCAUGUCUGUUUAAAUGUGAGGAAAUGUUUAGAAAGGAGGAACAAGAUUGGAAGAUGGUCUACCUUGCAAGAAAGGAAGGGUCACCAAGGUCAUCAUUGACAUGGAAAUUUGAUUUCAAAGGUCUAAAGAUUAGCAAACUAGAAGUAAGAAUUAGUAGUGCAGUGUAUGAAAAUGGUGUGAUCUCUUGGCGGCUAUGUAGUGAUUCAAAAUGUGCAAUGUUAAAAGGAAGUAAUGAAUUUCAGACAGUACAUGACCUUGAAGGAGAAGAUGGUAUGACAAUCACAGCAGAUCUGAGUGAAGGGAAGGGAGAUAGUUCAUGGCAACAUACCCAGCUAUUCCGCCAGUCUGUAUCUGAUUUGGAAUUCUAUCCGUUUGAAGUGAAAGUACAUUUUGCUUAAGUGUUUUGUUUUGAAUAGAAUUAUUGUUUUUCAACGUUUUUUUUAAGUUGUUACAUAGGAGACAAUGAAAAAAAAAAAUCAAAAUUGGUAGUUUUCUUUCAAUUAUUUGGACACAUUCAUAGAUUUAACCUAUAGCUAGUUAAACUGGAAUUGCUGAUUUGAUAUUUUUGAAAGUGUCGUCAUGUGCAAUAAAAUCGAUUUAUAGUAAGCUCACAUUUUGGCAUCUCCAAUUUAUUACAAAGUGCUGUUUAAUUUUGUGAUCCUUCAGAUAAUCAUUAUACAAUGAUAAUUAACUUAAGAAGUUUUAGUUUUUGCCUGUGUAUGGUUAUAUUUAUAAAUAUGUUUAUUAUUUAUUUAAAAUUAUAUUUUCAAAAUGUUUACUUUUACAAUUUUUUCAUAUUACAAAGAAAGUGAUAUUUAUACUUAUGAAGCUUGAAAUCUUAUGAUUGAUGUUUAUAAAUGUGUUUUUAAUGGAAAAAAAUAGUUUGAUAUUGUAAAUAUUAUAUUUGGAAUACUGAUGCAUGACUUCUGAAUAUGAAAUUCAAUAGUUUUAAGGAUGACCAUUAAUUUAGACCAAGGACAGGGAUCUGGCAAAUUUUUUGAAAACAUAAUACUUAUUUCAAUUUAAUUAAAAAUAUGAUUGAAUAUUAAUGUUAUUGAGAUUUUUAAAUUUGAUCAGACAUUUAAUUUUCAUUUAUUUUUUUGGGGUGACAGGAUCAGAUGAUUAUCCCCUAUGAAAAAAACCCUCUUAAUGUGAUGGGAAAAAUGUACAACUACAAUUUUUAGAUGACAUGAAUAUCAUAAUUCCCCACCCCUCUUUAUUUUGAAGUUUUUUUCUUAAGCAAACUUUAAAAGGAGCAUUGUAAGAACAAUCAUUGUGAUGAAAUUCUGGUCAACAUUUUUACUUCUUUUUUUAUUUUUUCUAUUAUCGAUUUAGUCUUUCAUUAGACAAUGUGUAUGUAUGUGUGUUUUGACAAAAAAAAAGCUAUGUAUGUGAUAGUCUGUAUAAAUACCUUUAUAAUUUAAUGUACAUUGGAAAGCUACCAUAGCUUUGUCUUAAUUUUAAUGAAAUUGAUGUGUAUGAAUGAUUGAAUUCAUUGGCAUCUAUAAAUUAUCAUGUAAAAGAUUUAGAAUUAAAUUUAAAGUUUUAACUGUACCUUUUUUUCCCCUUAUCCAAGCAUCAUUUUUGAAAUUAUAUGAGAGUCCUAAGUGCUUCUAGGGUUUAUAUGUGAACCGUAACCUCAUGGCAUUUUUACAGCUAAAAGAAUUUAAAUUACCAAUACACUAAUAGAACCUCUUUUUUAUAAAAAAAAAGAAAAAAAAAGACCAAAUGCAGUCCUGUCCUGGCUAGUUAAUAGAAAUUUUUCUUCAAGGGAAUUGAAAUGGGUACAAGAUCUGUGUUUAUAUACAUAAAUUUUCAAGCUAAGACUGUAAUAAGAAUUCAGAAAUUAUGAAACUUUGUAAUAUUCCAUUUAAAUUUUUUACAGCAAACAUUGUGUAACAGUAACCAGAAGUCAAUCAGUAUCAUACUGUAAAUACUAGAUGUACAUAGACUGAAUUUGCAUUAUCUUCAAUGUCCUUGCAACAAAACUGUCUAUUAUAAAAUGUGUGAGAUGAAGGCAAAUUUGUUAUUCCUCAAAUAUCACUUAAAAAGAUAUGGAAGUAGGCUGCCUUUUGGUGCCCCCCUAAUGAGGGAGGCUCUGAUAAAUCUAUCUUGGCUGCAGAUAACUGCAGAUAACUGUAGCUUCUGCCUAAAAUAUUAUGAUCAAGUUUUUCAACCACUCAUCAUUUUAGAUUUUUUGACACUGAUUACCUUGUUUAUCUAAUUAAUAUAUUUAAGCCUGUUUCCUACGUCAUCUCUAAAGUGAUUUCUACUAACAUUUGAGUUCCUAUUACACAGAUGAUGGUAUUACUUGUCUGCGUAAUUUAGGAGACAUGUGUUUCCGAUUGAAAGUCAGAAAAUUGUAAUGCUCAAAAUAGCCACAACCAUUGAAAUAUAAUCUUGAUCAACUUAUUAAAAUCUAGCUUCUAUUUUUUCAAUAUUUCAGUAACUUAAUUAAUGCUACCAAACUGCAGCUUUUUAACUACUUUUAUACUGAUUUCACAUUUUUUUUUAAAAAGUCUUCACUUGAAGCUCUUAAACAGAACUAAAGUCUUAGAUUGAAUCUCUAAAAACAAAACUGAAGUACUAGCUUCAAACUCUAAAAACAAAAGUCUUAGCUUGAAACUGUAAAAACAAAAAUUAAGUCCUAGAUUGAAACUCUAAAAACAAAAAACUCAAGUUUUUGCUUAAAACUAAAAACAAAACUAAAGUCCUAGCUUGAAACUCUAAAAACAAAAAUGAAAGUCUUAGCUUGAAACUAAAAACAAAAAUGAAAGUCUUAGCUUGAAACUAAAAACACAACUAAAGUCCUAGCUUGAAACUUCAAAAACUAGCAUGAUAACAGAGGUACCUACUGUACUCUUGAAUUACCUUGAAUUCCAUCCCUUAGGUUGUAGCAAACACAUUUGACCUUUUCCUUUUGUCAAAUAUUGAUAAAAUUUUAAUCUCUUUUGAAUAUCUUAAGUUCUUAAUCAGAACCUGUUGUCUGAUGCAACUACCUUCAUUUUGUUCUCAUAUAAAACAGUUUAAAAAUUACUUUCCACAGCUUGUUAAGUUUCACUUAUUAUCUGAAAAGGCCAAGAAUUAUGAAGCAGUAUAAUUGAUUGUCAUCACAUAUAUUACUACACUAAGCUAAUCAGAUAUUUUUUUUUCAUUUUGAAAUGACAAUUGUACAGUCAGAUAAUUGUUGCUAUUUUAGAUAUAGGCCACAAAUACUUUAUCUUUAGUUACUAUUUGGUUUCAGUUGUUGAAUUUUGUUUUGGGUUAAUGAAUCCUCUGUAUAAUUUUCUUACAAUUGAAGAAGGAAAACUUUUACAAAAGACUUGUUUCAAUGAAUAAAGCAAGUUUUUGAUUUUCUACUGCUGAAUUACAAAGUUUCAAGUAUUUUCAAGAGCAUGCUACCUUUCUUUUUCUUCCUGGAAAAACUUUCGAUUUACUAAUGAACAUCUCUUUUUGCUUUUUGUCUACCUCCUUAAAAAUAUUAAGGAAAUAAAUAUAUUUAAGUGUAGCCUAUGUUGUUUUUUUUUUUAUUAAAUAAUGAUUAUAAUAGUGUAACUGAAGUAUUAAAAAGUGUGUUUUAUUGUUAAUGAUCAAAUUUGAUUUUUUUUCUCCAUUUGACAACAUAAUAAAUGAAAGAUAAUAGCA